AUGUCUAUGAGAAUAGGAAGUGUGCAUAUAAUACUGUGUGAAAAGCUUCGAAACCGCAAGUUUCGUGUGCAAUGGGUGCCAAACCAUUUGACAGAGGAGAAGAAGAUUCACCGCAUGUCUGUUGUUUCCUUGCAACACCUUAUGCGGUACCACGAAAUAUGGAACCAAUUCCUUUCAAGAAUCAUUGCUGCUGAUGAAACAUGGUGCUAUGACUUUGAUCCAGCCAUCAAAAUCAUGAGCAUGGAAUGGCGACACUCUUCGUUCGCACGCGCGAAGAAGGCUCGCACAUCUACUACAUCUGGUAAAGUCAUGUUAACUUGCUUCUUUGAUGUCGAUGGCCCACUGCUGUUGGAGUGGUUACCUACGGACACGAUUUAA